AUGGUCGAGUCGCGAGCGUCCAAAAGGAGGAGGGUCUCUGAAACCCCAGAAACCAAUGGACACACCAUAGAAUCCGAUGAAAUCCCGGCGACCCCCCCUCCAGACGAGCACGACGAUCUCAUGGCAAUGGACAUUGACGGCCCUGAAGCCGACGAGGCGCUUGCUGCCACCCCUUCGAAAUCCUCUCGACGACGACGAUCCACAGUCAACGGCGCAGCUAAACAAGAAGAAGACACCGAGACCCCGUCAAGGAGCGUUCGAGCAAGUGGCAGGCAGCGAAAAGCGCCACAGAGAUAUGAAGAGGAUGCAGUGGCUCUUGAGAAAACCCGCAGGCCCAGAAGGACAGCAGCAGCUGAAACUCCUUCCAAGACACCACGGUCCACAAGGGGUGCGCGCAGUGUGCGGAAAGAGGAUUCCCCGGAUGAUAUGAAUAUGACGGAUGAUGAUGAUGGAUCGCCAGAGCCCAAGGCUUCCGUUUCACGAAGGAGAUCAGCAAGAACUACGAGGAAGAAGUAUAGUGAAGAAUCGGAGCCUACAGCAGAUGCAGCCAAAGAUGUUACUGAUUCGCCUCUUGUGGUGAAUGGAGGCAUGGACGAUAGUUAUGAUCCAGUGACGGCACAGCUGCAGCAAGACUUGAUACAGGAUGUCGACGUGCAUGAGGAACAACCACAAAUUACUCCUCUCCCAGACUAUGCAGAAACAUUUUGCAAAACAUGCGACCCUCAUCUUCGUGAAGAAGUUGGCAUAUUGAGCAAUCUUGUCCUUGAGAAGCUAACUGGGAGGAGACUGGUGCCGUUGAAAGGCCUGGACGCCGAAUAUGAAAAAGUAUAUCAGCUAGUUGAGCAAACUGUUACUGCUGGAGAAGGAAACUCGAUGCUUCUCAUGGGCUCUCGGGGCAGCGGCAAGACGGCAAUGGUUGAGUCGAUUAUUUCAACCUUGGCAAAGGACCACAAGGAUGACUUUCAUGUUGUUCGCCUCAAUGGAUUCCUCCAUACCGAUGACCGCCUCGCUCUUCGGGAAAUAUGGAGGCAACUAGGUCGAGAGACGCAUACAGAAGACGAAGCUUCAAAAGUCAACAGCUAUGCCGAUACAAUGGCAACGCUGCUCGCCUUACUGUCACAUCCAGAGGAGCUCUUUGACGGCUCCGACAUGACUGGUAUCCCCACUGCCAAGUCAGUUGUGAUUGUUCUCGAAGAAUUUGAUCUCUUUGCGACACAUCCUCGUCAAACUCUUUUAUAUAAUCUUUUCGACAUUGCGCAGGCUCGGAAAGCCCCGCUCGCUGUGCUCGGAUUAACAACAAAGGUCGAUGUCACGGAAGCUUUGGAGAAGCGAGUGAAAAGUCGAUUUAGCCAUCGCUAUGUGUUUUUGCCGUCGGCAAGGACUUUUGAGGGCUUCUCGGAAGCCUGUCUUUCUGCAUUGGAUGUUGCAGAUGAGGAGAUUCAGGAUAGUGAGCUCUGGCAACUAAAACCAGGUCCUCGCUCGCAGCUCAUCGACAGCUGGAGAAUUUUCUUAAAGGGAUUAUGGGCCGAUAAAGAAUUCGAAGGGCAUUUACUCCGAAUCUACAACCAAACCAAGUCUGUUAAAGACUUCUUCUCCAGCGCUUUACUACCGAUAUCAAAUCUACAUCAAAGCGCUUUUGGAGUGCUUGACGGAGAGUCGACAUCGCUUGAAGUACCAACUCCGCAAAGCUUUGUAUCACACAAUUUGGCCUGCCCCGACCCGGCUCCUCUCCCAUUUGCGCUAUCUAUGACAGGAUCGGCCAGCUCGACAUCCUUGCCGCUCUCUCUACUGCUAGCCGCCACCCGCUUGACUGCUCUCCACGAUCCUGGGGUGGACAUGGGCAACCCACAAGACGUGGCUCCACUUGCCCUGUCGUUCCCAGCUGCCUACGCAGAAUACGUCCGUCUGUUGACGUCAGCAAAGGCCAACGCGGCAGCACAGGGAGCUGCGGUGACCGGCGGCCGGGUAUGGGGUCGCGAUGUCUCGCGAGAAGCCUGGGAGAAACUGGUUGGCUGGGGGGUCGUCGUGCCUCUAGGAUCGGGCAACGGUACGACCGAUGGGAAGAUGUUCCGGGUAGAGGUCAGCUUCGAGGAAGUGACCGAUAUGGUUGGCGGUGGAGGAUCGCUGGGAAGAUGGUGGCGAGCCUGA